AUUGCUAACUUGGAAUCCUCUCUAAAUGAAGCAAAAAAAUUACAAAUUACAAUACCUACUCUUCAAUUAAAUGAUUCAACGGAAAAAAUAACCAAAACAACAAAAUCAUCAGAUAUUGAUACAAAUUCUGCAAUAAAUUCACUUACGGGUGCAAAUGAAGAACUUAUGACAAAGAUCGUUGAAUUGGAAGCUCGUGCAUAUAGACUAAAUGAUCAAAAUAAAAGUUUACAAAAUGAGAUUUCAUGUUUCACUACGAAUGACAUGCAAGUGUUCAAAGAUAUGAAACAAAAAAUCAUAGAAUUCGAAGUAGUUAAGAAAGAAUUAAAUGAAUUAGAAGAAAUAAAUGAAACCUUUUUUGAAGAAUGUAAAGUACUUGAAGCAAAAGUUCAGUCCUUAAUGAAGCAAUUAUGGUCUCUUACAAAUGGUGAAAAUGAGGUUGCAUUUCAUAUCGCAGAAUUAAAUGAACAAAUUAUAAAGCAUGAAAAAGAGAUUUCAGAACUCAAAAUUAAAUCGACUACAG